UUGUAUCGCGGUGUAGUGGUCGCAGCAGCAGCAACAGCAGCAGCAGCAGCAGAGGUGAAUUGUCCUGCCCGCAGAGAGGCGUCCUGGGAGAGGGCGUUUUGCUUGUCGUCCGAGGGACCGGGGCAUUUGUGCUCAAACAGAGGACUGCAUCCUGCGACAUCCAGUAACAGACCAACCAUUGAAGCAAUCGAACUGUGUCGCUGUCGCGGUACUCUGGUGAAGCAGCAGCAGCAGCAGCAGCAGCCGUAUGAUCGGCGUGUUCUUGAAAGCUGCCCGACCGCAGUUUCCUGUAGUGGUACCAGCCGCCGCUGCGUAGAUCGUGCAGUCGCACCUGCGGCGCCUUAUUGUGGUACUGCUGCUGGCGCUUGUGCCGCCACCGAACAACUGCGCCGUUGUUUCUGGAACGGAAACAACUAUUCGACGAGGAGGAGCGUUGGCGGCAUGAAUUCUGCUGGGACGAAGGCGCCGGCGGGUGCUUCGUCCGAGGCCACAUCAAAGCAGAAAACCGAGACUGCGACGAGCAAACAGGGCGCUAACGGCAACAACGCCAAGGACAGCGACUCCGAUGGCGAGGGAGCCGAAGAGAUCCUGGAAGAAAGUCCGUGCAAGAGGUGGAGUAAGCGGCGCGAACAAGUGAAGCAGCGAGAUGUGCCCGGUAUUGACUACGCCUAUCUGGCAAUGGACAAUGAGACUGGCAAUGAAGUGGUUUGGAACGAAGUGCUCUUCUCGGAGCGUAAAAACUUCCGUUCUCAGGAGGAGCAGAUCAAUGCCGUUUUUGAGAAGCUGACACAUCUUGUGCAUACGAAUCUCGUCAAAUUCCAUAAGUACUGGGCGGACCAGAAGUCCGAGAAGCCAAGGAUAAUAUUUAUCACCGAAUAUAUGUCAUCUGGUUCCUUGGCGCGCUUCUUACAACGCACUCGCAAAUCGGGCUCGACUCUGAACUUAAAGGUCAUUGCACCUACAGCUAUUCAGCAUCAUGUGAAGACUUUCCAAGAGAAUAUCCGAAAUAUGCAUUACAUCGCUCCGGAAUAUGAACAUUGUAAUGCUGUAGCGCCGGCUGCUGACAUCUAUUCCUUUGGAAUAUGUGCUUUAGAGGCAAGUGUAAUCUUGAAUCUUAGUGUAUUGACCACUAACGGUGGAAUGGCUUUGCCAAUGGGUCUCUGUGGCUCUUCAAAUGGUACAGAAGCAAGUGUUGUUUCACAUGAGAUGAUCACGAAAAGCCUGGAAUCUUUAGAAGACCCUAGGCAAAAAAAUCUGCGAGGGCGAUUUUCUCUAUACGAUUUUCGAGUUCGGGGUUCUCGUUUUGCUUCGGUGACUAUUCAUAUCAAAAUGUGUAUUUUGCAGGAUUUCAUCGCGAGCUGUUUGAAUCCCGACCCAUCGAAAAGGCCAACUGCUCGCGAUCUGUUGUUCCAUACCAUUCUGUUUGAGGUAAAUACGGAAAUGCUUUUAUUCUAUAACUUAUGGAUAUUGAGGAGCAUUUAUUUGAAAAUUUUUCCGGUGCUUCAGGUGCAUUCCUUAAAAUUAUUGUCUGCUCAUUGUAUUGUCUCAGCGAAAUUGAAUGACAGUUUAAACGAAGAUGACUUGCAUGUGUCGGAUCCGAACCGCAUUGCAGCUUCAUCGAAGUUUCGUACAAUGGCUUUCAAUGAAGUCCCAGCUUUUCAGGUAACCACCUUAGUCUUCACCCACACAUCGUCUUUUUUUUAAAA